UGAAAUUUUUAGCACUCCCACUCUCCAUCCCUAGAUUUCGACGUCACUUGACGGAAGCUCACCAAUACCAACGCAACGAAACGAAAAAAAACCAAAUUGGUAAAAAUCAAGUGAAAAUUGUCAUAGAAAAACUAUAUUCUCCCCUUGCUCGGCUCAUAAUGGCGAGUGGCGUCCCUCGUGAUUACUUUUGCGAGUGAAAUCUUCGACCAGCAAAGGGGCAUCAACAAUCAAGACGUAGUCACGCUCGGUUGCGCCUCUGGGCAGCCUCCUGGGGAUCUGCGGUGGGCAGCUACCGGGAGAGCAUGGCCUGGGACCAAACCGGGAUCGAUGACGACGAAGCCAAGCCCCGGGAGGGAAGGGAAGCCAACGAACGAUGCUGUUUGGGGAAUACAGCCGAAAUUCUUGGCGAUCUGAGGCCAGGCGAUGGUGUGACCAGGCUGGACUGCUCUGACAGACCCGUGGAGAGGAUCUCACAUGUUCUCGCACAGCGGGUCCAGCGUGCAAAGACAGUGCCUGGGACAAACAGCUAUGUAAGCAACUAGGUGCUGGUGGCACCCUUGGCGCACGUGUCAUCCUUUGACACUGAAUGGGAGGGUAUCGAUGUUCAUGAUUGACUGUAUUGACACACUGUAUUGGCUGUUUCUGGAUCAAAGAGUCACCUUGACACGCUUGGAAAAUGGCUUGGCCGAGUAUAAAAAUGAUCCUGCCGUGAUCAGAUCCCAUGGAUAAAAUGAAUUCGGACUUAUGUGAAGGUAUGCCCAGCCAGAGCCAAAGCAUGCAUGUAGGUCAGGAUACAAUCGUGGAGCUAGCCACCGAAUAUGAGGCUGCACCGAAGCAGGUCUCCAAAGAGGAUGUGCCGUUUUCCAUGCGUUCUUUGUUCCAGAAACAGCUCGUCAAUGCUGUCAAUGAAACAUCGAUACCCUCCCGUCCACUGUCAAAGGAUGAGACGUACGCCAAGGGUGUACCGGGAGCUGCGCUAAACAUAACCUACCCACCUGUUCUUGCUCGCUGGACCCGCCCUGUGAGAACUGUGAGAUCCUAUUCAUAGGUCUGUGAGAUCAGUCCAGCCUGGUCACACUAUCGAGUGGCCUCAGUCGAUUAUCGCUAAUAAUUUCGGCUGGAUUCGCCAAACAGCAUCGUUCGUUGGCUUCCCUUCCCUCCCGGGGGGGCGCCCCCGAACGUGGCUACGUCUUGAUUGUUGAUGCCCCUUUGCCCACACCAAUGGAUGGGUGUGCGUAAUCACGAGGGACGCCAGUUGCCAUUGUGUGUAUUAUUGGUGGUAUAUACUAUAGUGUAGUAUAGUUUUUCACUUGAUUUUUACCAAUUCACCAAUAAAAAUAUUCAUAAUUGGUAGUAA